UCCAGAUCCUCGUCGAGAUAAAGCGACUGAGUGAAAGCAUGAGUGGUUGUGUGGGCUCUAACAUGAUGACGCUCAGAGCUCUUUCCCCCUGGAGAAUAAUGGGCUGAAAAGUGGAAGGACUGAACACAAGGAAAGCGCACGCAGAGAGCAGCACGGCUUUUUCCUGAAGCAGCGGCGUCUCCCACUCGCCCUGUUUGUGCGCACAGAAUGAAUAUUUUCUUCAACUUGAGGGGGACUAUUGUGAGACAAAUAGCAGAAGACAGAGCUGUUCCAGAUACGGAGAAAAAAAAAGUGUGGUCCUCUGCAGAGGCAAUGAUGAGUCCUCCACGCCGAUCAUCAAGUUCCCAUGGCGACAGAUCCUCCUCCGAGACCCUCCAGAAAAACAAUAGCAGCAACUCUGGUGUUAUUCUGGAUAUCUCGUCUCUUAAGAUGGCAGAUGUGGAUACAGAGGUGCCUCCUCUUCCACCUCGCUACCGCUUCAGGGACCUGCUGCUGGGGGACCAGACUUUUCAGAAUGAUGACAGGUACCAAGAGGAGUACAGUAUGGACUCAACCAAUGCUCAGGUGCAGGUUGAGUUUUAUGUGAAUGAAAACACCUUCAAGGAGAGACUGAAGCUUUUCUUCAUCAAAAACCAAAGGUCAAGCCUAAGAAUCCGUUUGUUCAACUUUGCAUUGAAGAUUCUCACGUGUGCCCUCUACAUUCUGAGAGUCAGCUUGGAUAAUCCCACAGAAAACAACAGUAUCAAUGGUACAACUUGCCGAAACAGCAGUUCACUGAAUUCUUCCGAGGCACCUGAAAUCAAAUGGAACCUAAUUUUCUGGGUGAACAGACUCCAGCCUGUGUGGGCAAUACAGGUGACAGUGGCCUUAAUCAGUUUCUUGGAGACUAUGCUUAUCACAUAUCUCAGCUACAAGGGGAACAUUUGGGAGCAGAUCUUCCAGAUAUCCUUCAUAUUGGAGAUGAUCAAUACGGUACCAUUUAUAAUCACAAUCUUCUGGGCUCCAUUGAGAAACAUAUUCGUCCCUGUGUUUCUUAACUGUUGGCUUGCCAAAGGUGCUCUGGAAAACAUGAUUAAUGACUUCCAUCGUGCCAUCCAGAGGACGCACUCUGCAAUGUUCAACCAGGUGUUCAUCCUCAUCUGCACCUUACUGUGUCUGGUGUUCACAGGAGCCUGUGGGAUUCAGCAUCUUGAGAGAGCUGGGAAAAACCUGUCCUUGUUUGACUCCUUUUAUUUCUGCAUCGUCACCUUCUCCACUGUGGGCUACGGCGACGUUACUCCACAGAUCUGGCCCUCACAGCUGCUGGUGGUUAUUCUCAUCUGUGUUGCUCUGGUAGUCCUUCCGCUGCAGUUUGAGGAGCUAGCGUACUUGUGGAUGGAGAGCCAGAAACUUGGAGGAAACUACAGCCGUCACCGGGCGCAGACAGAAAAACAUGUUGUGUUGUGUGUCAGCUCGCUCAAGAUCGACCUGCUGAUGGAUUUUCUCAAUGAGUUUUAUGCUCAUCCUAGGCUGCAGGACUACUAUGUGGUGAUCCUAUGCCCAACAGAAAUAGACAUUCAGGUUCGCCGCAUCCUGCAGAUUCCCUUGUGGUCUCAAAGGGUCAUCUACCUGCAAGGGUCGGCCCUCAAAGAUCAGGACCUGAUGAGGGCCAAGAUGGACGAUGCUGAGGCGUGCUUCAUCCUGAGCAGCAGGAAUGAAGUCGACCGAACUGCUGCUGAUCACCAGACUAUUUUGAGGGCUUGGGCUGCAAAGGACUUCGCUCCAAACUGUCCUCUCUACGUCCAAAUUCUCAAACCGGAAAAUAAGUUUCAUGUAAAAUUUGCAGAUCAUGUUGUAUGUGAAGAGGAGUUCAAGUACGCCAUGUUGGCUCUCAACUGCGUGUGUCCAGCCACAUCCACCUUAGUGACUCUGUUGGUUCACACCUCCAGAGGACAGGAGGGGCAGACAUCCCCCGAGCCGUGGCAGAGGACUUAUGGCCGCUGCUCUGGGAACGAGGUGUACCACAUCCAUUUAGCUGACAGCAAGUUUUUUGGGGAGUAUGAUGGAAAGAGCUUCACCUACGCCUCCUUUCAUGCCCAUAAGAAGUAUGGUGUGUGUUUGAUCGGGGUGAAGAGGGAGGACAACAAGAGCAUCCUCCUGAAUCCUGGACCGCGUCACAUCAUGGCUGCUACCGACACCUGCUACUACAUCAACAUCACCAAGGAGGAGAACUCGGCCUUCAUCUUCAAACAAGAGGAAAAACAUGGGAAGGGUCUCCCCGUCACCGGGCUCUACGACGCCCCCUCCAGGCUCCCUGUGCAUAGCAUCAUAGCCAGCAUGGUUGAUCAGACCACCUCAUAUGGGACUGUAGCAAUAGAUCUCCAGCACCCUGAUCCGCCGGAGGAAAGUGGAAAACUGACCCUUCCCACCGAGAACGGAGCUGGAAGUCGAAGGCCAAGCAUCGCACCCGUAUUGGAAAUUGCUGACUCCUCCGCCAUCUUGCCCUGUGACCUCCUCAGUGACCAAUCGGAGGACGAGACCAACCAAUCAGAUGAGGAGGGCUCCGUGGGGUCGGACUUUGUGAAGGGCUACCCUCCAAACUCCCCCUACAUCGGCAGCUCUCCAACUCUGUGCCACCUGCUGCCACAGAAAGCUCCGUUCUGCUGCCUUCGCCUUGAUAAGGGCUGCACACAUAACAGCUUUGAGGAUGCUAAGGCCUACGGCUUCAAGAAUAAGCUGAUUAUAGUGUCUGCAGAGACGGCAGGAAAUGGGCUCUAUAACUUCAUAGUUCCCCUGCGAGCUUAUUAUCGGCCCAGAAAGGAGCUCAACCCAAUAGUUCUGCUACUGGACUAUCCACCAGACAACCACUUCUUAGAGGCCAUCUGCUGCUUUCCAAUGGUUUACUUCAUGGCAGGAACUAUUGAUAAUUUGGAUAACCUGCUGCAGUGUGGAAUAAUCUAUGCUGAUAACUUGGUGGUUGUGGACAAGGAGAGCACCAUGAGUGCUGAGGAAGACUACAUGGCAGACGCCAAGACUAUUGUCAAUGUCCAGACAAUGUUCAGAUUGUUCCCCAGUCUCAGCAUCAUCACGGAGCUCACACAUCCGUCCAACAUGAGGUUCAUGCAGUUCAGAGCAAAGGACUGCUACUCGCUCGCUCUGUCCAAACUGGAGAAGCAAUGGUCUGGUAACAUCAAUUGUGGGAAAUCGUGCAUAUCAAUGAACGAAAAGUCUGUCUAUACAAUUGAGCGGGAUAAGGGCUCCAACCUGGCCUUCAUGUUCCGGCUGCCGUUCGCUGCCGGCCGGGUGUUCAGCAUCAGCAUGCUCGACACGCUGCUGUACCAGUCGUUUGUUAAGGAUUACAUGAUCGCUAUUACACGGCUUCUGCUCGGACUGGACACCACCCCCGGAUCGGGCCACCUGUGUGUUAUGAAAAUCACGGAGGAAGAUUUGUGGAUCAGGACUUAUGGCCGACUCUUCCAGAAAUUUUGUUCUUCCAGUGCUGAAAUUCCCAUCGGGAUCUACCGCACCGAGUCGCACAUGUUCUCUACGUCAGAGAAGAAGGACAGUAAUGCACAGUCUCAAGUGUCCAUCAACGCCGAGCAUGGGGAGGAGCAUCAGGGCCGCACAGGGUCCUGGAAAGAGAAAACAGCCCACAGAAACUCCACCACGAGUGACCAAUCGGAGCAUCCGCUGCUGAGGAAGAAGAGCAUGCAGUGGGCUCGGCGGCUGAGCAGGAAAAAUGCCAAACCGCCAAGCAGAGCGGAGCGCAUCACGCAGCAGAGACUCAGCAUGUACCGGCGCUCUGAGAGGCAGGAGCUGUCGGAGCUGGUCAAGAACCGGAUGAAGCAUCUGGGCCUCCCGACCGUGGGAUACGAGGAUGUUUCUAAUCUCACUGCGAGUGAUGUCAUGAAUCGAGUAAAUCUAGGAUAUUUGCAAGAGUUGCAGGAUAUUUCAGAGCAGCCGUAUACAGAGGGGACAAGGCCGUCAGGGCCACAAGCAGACGAGAUGAACGACCACCAGAACACGCUGUCCUACGUUCUCAUCAAUCCUCCUCCUGACACCAUGCUGGAGAUCAACGACAUCGUGUACAUUAUUCGCUCUGAUCCUCUAGCUCACAUGCCAGACGACUCACAGAUGGGACAGGCAGCCCGAAACACCAAGAACCAACAGGACUUUGGCGCACAGUCAAGAAAUGAGACUCACCUUUAAAAGCUUCGAGUCUUUGGUUCUAUGAGCGUUGAUAGAUCUCGUAUACCUCGCACAAACGAAGGCCUGACGGGGGCGGUGAUGAGGUGUUCAUGGUGAAUGUGCAUUAAUUGUCUCUCAGCCUGAGACCAGAGAUUAGCCACAUCCUAAAAGGCGGCACUGAGAUUCCCGUUUUCAUCAGAGCUGCCAUUGGAGGAUGCAUGACGAGUGCCUAGUCAUCACUUCCCCACACAAAACUCCCUGCAACCGAGAACCUAAACGCAGCUUCCUCUGUCCAGCCCGACUGCAGAGAUUAGAAGGGUUAUUGGAUAUAAUCGGAUGGUUAAAGCCGGUUUCUGUCCUAAUAGAUAAAUAAUUUCAUUUUAUGUUUAGCUCAGGUGGGGGGAAGCUACCCUUGUGCCACUACCGGCUUUUUGCAAAAAUUCCUUCACCUGUUUCUGCUGAUAAUCAGAAACUAACUGAAAAUCAUUCACAUCCAACAACUUAAACAUCACGGUUUGCUUUUAAAGAGAGCUGAUGAUUUGGUUGGUUUUCUACAUUUUCAAGUAUUACCUGGAAAUUAAGGUACAUGUGCAAUUUUCUUCUUUUAUUAUGUCAAUUUUAUUUAUUGUUGUGAACUUUUUGUCUUUACAGGUUUUAAAUGUAAUACGGGCUUACACCAGUUGCACCUUUAUUAGCCAAGUUAGCAUUUCUCUCUGUGAUUUUGUCAGUUAUUGAAAAAAUAACAUUGUUAAAUUAUUUUUCUGUUAGAAAUCAUGACAGCUCCACAUUCUGCCGUUUUGUUUAUUUAUUUGUAAAUACUAUUAUUACUGUGCCAUUUUUGUAUUUAUUUUUGUGACACCAGUGUUUUUAUUUUUAUUUUUCUUUCAUAUCAUUUUCAAACCUGACUGCAACAUCUGCUGCUGCUGCCGUACGAAAAGUAAACGUACAGAACAUACAGUUAAAGAAACGCAUAUUUUUAAGGAGGCUAAUAUAUAAAAUAACUCCUGGUCAGUGCCAAAUUUAACCAAAUGUUGAUCAUAAUAUUUGCUAUUUGAGUUACUUGAGUUGUUAGAAAAAGCUAAUUUAAUGGAAGCGGACCAAAGUCACUGGAAAAUUCUUUUUAAAAAGCUCAAAAUUCUGACUAUUUUAAUCUCGGAAUUAUGAACUUAAUCCCAGAAUUUGAAGAAAAAGUCAGAAUCUUGACUUUUUUGUAGUGGCCCUUAUCUCUUUCCAUAGAUUUUUUUUCCCAAAAACUUAAAUGAGAAUUAUUUUUAUUAUUCAGUGUGUUUCUCCAUCCAUCUUAUGGCUAAAGUUGAAAGAAAUGCUGACUUUUACAAAAAAUGUUUUAUCGGUCUGAGAGUUUUAGACAGGGAAGUUCAAUGUGAGAGAAGGGGAAGACAUGCAGCGAAGACAUGAGUUGUGCUUUACCCCUGCUCCUCCACAGUGCCCUGAAAUACUGACUUUUUGAAAUAUUUGGGGAGAAAUUUUCUUUUUUUUUGUUGCAACAUGCGACUCUUUAAUUAGCAAACGACUAGCUCAGCGAAGUUUAGCUUGAAGUUUUAGCUCCUGAGCGUGAACAGUUCACACAUCCUAACUUCAGUGAACUGGUUGACUUUUGAUUUUUGAACAUUUGAAAAAGAGCAAAUACUUUUUCCCUACAUUGUAAACCAUAUAAAUAUACAACUAAAGCUGUUUCAGAUAGAUCAUUAGUGGAGCAGUGUUUUUUUUCUGUUUUUGAAAACUCAAAACCCAAUUUGACAAAACAUAUUUGAGCUAUAAAAUCAUUUUGAUUGUAAACUUUAAAUGCAGCAGGAUAUUUUGCACAGGUAUUCACAAACAUAAAGUGUUUAAUUGUCAUACAUUUUUAGAUUUAUUUUGAAAACUAAGUGGUUUCUCUACACCACAGUUUCAGUAUUUAUCCCCAAGUCAUUCAUUUUCAUCUGUAUCUCGGGUUUAAUCACUAUAAAUAUGAAUUGUAUACAUGGCUUUGUAACCAUGAAAAGUAAAAAGGACUUGAACUAUUUUUGCACUAAGCUCUGUGGCGACGUGCGGAGCGUGACAGCAUGACCCUUUAAUUUGAAUCUGUAGAACAGGGAAUAUAUUUACCGGCAAAGCAAAGACCCAUCAUGCAUUCAUUAGCAUGACUUCAGAUGUUUGCAGAUUUUAAUUUUAGGUACGCUGUUCUUAUUUCUCAUUUCAAGCAAUCCUAAAGUGGUAGAGAAGGGAUUGCUUGUUUUUUUUUUUGUUUGUUUGUUUUUUUAACGGUCCGGAAAUCGUGUUUCACAGUCAGAAGUAACAGUUCAGUCAACGCGACUGUGAUGGAGGAUGCAACCACUAACAAAACACCUUACAGGAUACUCACAACAAACCCUUAAAGCACUGAAGGACUUCACUUGAUGUCUUCUGAUGUCCGGACUUAACACACGGGGCAUGUUAUUUCUUAAAAGCAUGUUUUGAUAUAAAAAGCUUGCCAAGAACGAAACAUUUCCUACCCUUAGCAGGACAGUUAGUGUGGUGUCCUGUCGCUAGAUUAAAAAAACCUGUAACUGAAUCAACUGCUUGCAAGUUGGAGCCAUUAUUUGAUACUGUAUUUAUAUGAAUGGAACAUGCAUGUUGUCUAGAUGUUAUCAAAAGCCUACUUAUUAUGUUUACCUCCACUUUGUUUUUGAUUCAUUGUCAGAGGAUGAUCCAUUUUGUACUAUUUCUUAUGAGAAGUGCACAUACAGAUACGAACAAAUAAAUGCUGCAUGCAGCCAAAUCCA